GAAUGCUCUAGAUAUGUAGGAUAAUGACAACUGAAAAGAUGAUGGCAGCGAUAGAAUUUAAUGAAGUGGGUGGGACAACACAAGCUUCCACCUCUUGAGACAGUGCAUGAUCUUGGUGUCUUCUACAGACAUAGCAAUUCAGCGUCUGUCAAUCCCAGCGAAAUCAAAAGUAACAGCCAAUCUGAACCCGAGUCAGGAUCUAGAGAUCCACGUCUGGUUCGGCUCCAAGCACUGGAGGGGUACAUAGCACCCCUCGAUUUUGACGUCUCUUCUGAACAGCCACGAGAGAGCUGGUUGUCAAAGAUAGGCCAGAAACCUUUGCAAUGGGUUGACAAGCGUAAUAUGAAAGCUCUUUAUAAGGCACACGCAAAACACAAUAAAAUAUGCGAUUCAAAAUAUUCCUCUAUAUCAACCGCAAUGCUUGAUUCUAGCAACAAGAUUGCUGAAAUAUAUUGCAAGAUCGAGAUACUGCAACGCAGUCAAGGCAGCGUUAUUCAAAGAUCAAGACAUUAUAUUGAAGAAUUAGAGAGGUUGGAAAUGGCAAAGAAAGAAGAGGAGGGGAAGAGGGAGAAGGCAGUAAAGGAGAUAUAUGGGAAGGCUGAUAAGAAGAUAGAGAAGGCGUAUGAGAAAGAGGAGAAAGUUGCGAAUAGAAUUUUUUGGAUUGUUAUUACCAAAGCCGAUGGCACAAAUGGCAAAGAGGAUAGUCUGUUUGCUGUAGAGAGUGGGAGAACAGCUCCAGUUCAUCCCUAAGCCUGAGAGAUCUUGCUAACUUAACAAGGGGUCAAUCUACACAAUUUAGAAUCUGAGUACAACAAUAAGAGGUAGCUGGUUAGUAUUUCGAUCAAAAGGCCAGAGGCUACCGGGCAUCAGUAAAACCUUCUGCAUCUUGAAAUAAGUAGAUUUAAGGACAGAAAUUCAGUAUUUGAGUCUUCACGUCUUACUAGAAGAGAUAAAUUGUAACUACCGGCGCUGUCCAAUGUUUUACUGACUUCUCA